AUGCCGCCCUGGUUCUACCUCGUCGAGCACGAACAGCCGACGCUCAGCGACCUACUAAAGCGCUUCGUCAAGCUCUACAACGCACUCGAGCGCAAUGAGGGGUACCAGGAGUGGUUCGCCGACUGGUGGCACUGGUGGACAAGGCAAGGCAUGGGGUACCCUUACAACGUUGUUGCGCCGUACAACGCUCGCUGGUUCUUCGAUCCUGUCGAACGCAACCGGAUGCUCGAGCUCCUGGACACCUUCAUCGCGGAUGCGUCCAUCAAUCUGGCGCUCAUUGGCGACGCGCAGCGCCGCCUCAACGCCGACAAGCUCAAAAUUCGCUCCGUGCAGGAUCUCCCCGCGCCUCACAAUUCCUGGAACGCGUUCCUGCCCUUUGACCUCGACGAACAUGAGCACAAGUGGACUGACGAGCAACUGAUGGAAAAAGAGAAGGAACUGCUAGCCGCCCUCGGACGGUGGCGCAAGGGGCGCGGCAAUAAGUUCUCCGCGCACAUGCGCAAGCGCGAAGGUUACGUCCCCCGAGACAAGCACCAGCCUAAACCGCUCGAGCCAGAGUACAUGCCCGACGAACCGGCCCACCACGCCCAGGCCAGCUCGAGCGCCAACUCGCUUGCGCACUCGUUCCUCCACAAGUACUCGCAGCGCCAGCGCGCAAUCUACCGCGUCUGA